GUGAUCUCAAAGCAACGAUUAUCCAUCUUCUUCACAACGCCUCAAAAGCAUCACCUUUUCCUCAUCCAUAUACUCACAUCACAUACUCGCAUAUCCUCUGUCAUAUUCACCUUACUCUCUUACUCGUCGUCACCUUAUCUCUGCAAUGGCUGCUCUCACACCUGAAGUCACCUGGGCUCAACGCUCCUCCGAAACUGACGAAACUCGCAACUACCUCUACGUCUUCAUCAACGUACCUGACGUGCCCCCCAAAUCGGCAGACCUCAAGCUCACAGAGAACAAUGUCUCCUUUACGGGCACAAAUCUGAAAGGCGCCAAGUAUAGCGUGUCGCUGGAUCUCUAUGCCGAAAUCGACACGGAGAACAGUAAAGUACACCACAGCCCACGUGGAGUUGAAAUGGUGCUCCGAAAGAAGAAGCUUGGUUUGGAGUAUUGGCCUCGUUUGUUGAAGGAAGCUAAGAGGGUGCAUUUCGUCAAGACUGAUUUUGACAAGUGGGUCGAUGAGGAUGAGCAAGAUGAAGCUCAAGAAGAUGACUACGCAGCCAACUUUGGCGGUUUCGGCGAGGACGGUGGUCUCGGUGGUAUUGAUUUCUCCAAGCUCGGCGGCGGAGCUGGCCUUGAUAUGGCCGGUGGAGAAGCCGCCGGUGAAGAAGAGGAGGAUGUAUGCAAUGUCCCAUCGGCCGAAUAAUAAUUGUUGAACACAUACUAACAGCUUUUCGAAACAGGACGAAGAUCUACCUGAACUGGAAGGUGAAGAAAAGGGCGACAAGAAGAUCCAGGAAGUCUCAUAAAUCAAAACUCCCCUCACCAUUUACCUCCGCCAUAAAUCUAAACCGUAUAUCCUUUCCUACCUUCGCUACCUAAAAACGGGGAUCCUGAUUUGUCUGUGCUAUGCUACAUCUUCUUUACUCUUAAUGUGACACGUCGCAUGACUUCUAUCAUAUAUUACCUGUAUCUGCUACCUGCAACUACUACUACAUCGAGGUCCGGUCCGUCAUGAUUUUCCGAUAGCGAAAAACAAUGCCAAAAUAAAACCGGCUACCUAAAUGACGCAUUCAUUUUCGUGGUAGAAUUGCAUGAUAUA